CUACCGGUAAUUGUUAAAAAAAACUAUUGAUGUUUUUGGUGUUAUUAGACCAUCACAACCGACACACGGGUGUCAAAGAGUUUACCUGUGAAUGGCCCGGUUGUGACUAUCAGACGGUCACCAAAAUGGAUUUGAACCGACACAGUACAGUACACACUCAACAAUGCGACUACCGGUGCCAAUGGCCUGGCUGUGAAUAUGCCGGUAAAUCAGAUCGCAAUUUGAAACGUCAUACGACAACCGUUCACGAAACCAGUCCUUAUAUACAUGAAUGUCAUUGGCCUGAUUGUGACAAAAAGUUUCGUUUUAAACAAUUAUUAACAAGACAUAUGGAGUUACACAACGAUCCGCAUAUUCCCUGUUCAGUCUGCGGUAAACUGUUUAAGUCGAAGAAGUAUUUGAAAGAUCACAUGCAAUCACAUACGGGUCGCAAAUCAGUUAUGUGUCCAGUCUUUGGAUGUAAUACAAGGAUAUCGUGCAAACCUAAUCUCAAAUCACAUCUUAGAGUACAUCAUAAGGAUUGGUCCGGAAAUUAGACAAACAGAGUAUAUAUUCUCUGGUAUUAUACUGUAGUCGAUAUCAUCUGAGAUUUACAUUUAGAAAAUUUGUUUCAAAUAAAUAUGUAUUAUAAUGCAUCUGCAGGAAAAGCAUAGACAGGCAAACAUACCAUGUCCUCGAUGUCACAACGGUUUAAAUCCAAAGUUAUCAAUCAAUACAUUGCAUUUGUGUGGACUUGACAUCAAUUUUAUGUGCGGUAAUUGAAAGAUUUUUUUUUGGGAAAAAUUUCUUUUACCGUUACUUACCUGUAAUACUUACUGUAUAUAUGAUGUGAUCAUUAUAUAUAUUUUUGUUGACAUCAUUAAAAAAUAACCAAAAAAAACUGCUUCUACUACU